CCACCCCCAACCAAACACAACCCGACCCGUCAAAUAAACCCAACUUGUUCCUACUCGACACCAACUAGCCCCUCUCCCGUUCUUCAUUUUCUCCAGCGACCAAAAUGGCAGCAAGACCAAGAAUCACUGGCCUCGGUGCUGUCCGUCGUCAAUCCGUGCGUGCCUACAAUGAUACCUUCACUCCCAAUGUUGAAGAAAUAGAUGAAAAUGAAGCCCACAUUCUACGACUCCAACUCCCCGGUUUCAGCCAUGUUAAUGUCAACGUUGAAAAAGAAGCAAGAACGGUGGUGGUGACCGGAGAUCGUAAUGUGUCGACUACUCGAUUGCAAAUUUUGGAUAAAACUUUUCCAGUUCCACAAAAUUCCAAAAUCGAUGAAAUUAAACACGAAUUACAAGAUGGAGUUCUCACCAUUACAAUCCCCAAACAAACUACUGAACCGGUGACCGCACCGCCGUUGCAAGCAGCGGAGUCGACAGCGCCGCCGGAUACGAAGGCUGAAACUAAGGAACCAGACGUGGCGGCUCUGACGAAAAGUGAUUCAACCUCAGAUAAGGCUAAAGAAGAAAUUUCGUCGGCAAACGUAUCCCCACCGGAGACGAAAGCUGAAACUAAGGAACCAGAGGAAGGUCCUCCGGAAGGCGAUUCAACCCCAGAGAAGGGGUUAAUAGAUCUUUCGCUGGGAAAUGUAGCUCCGCCGAAGACGAAGGCUGAAGUUGAGGAACCAGAGGUGGCAGCUCUUCCGAAAGAGGGAAUAUCUGAAGAACUCCAAAAGCAGGGCUCGGCGAAGGCCACCAAGGAGGAAGCUCCGACGCCGGCGCCGUUGGUGGCUCCACAGCCUCCGGUGGCUACAGAUUACGUCAAAGAAGAAACAACGAUGGAUCAGAACAUUAGCAGCCAAGAACAGAAGAAAGAAAUUGGAAAUGAAAACCCAGAAAAUGGGAAGGAAUCUAAAACAGAGGAGGUGAGAAAGAAUGAAGAAACCACGGAGAACGGCACCGGAACUCCAUCUCCAAGAGCGACCAAAGUAGGGAAACUUGUCGGCUGCUUCAAGAUUCGAAGGUUGCCGUUACGGACGACGGUGAGUUUGUCGGCGACGGUUGCGGUUGCGGUGGCUGCAUAUUUUGCGUAUGCUUAUUACGGAGUUUCGUUCGCGAUGGAAUGAAGCUGAAAUUCGCAAUGGUUUCUCUUAUUUAUAUCGUUAAAAAUAAUAAACGAAGCCUUAAAUAAUUUUCUAA